GCAAAGAUUUUAAAACCUUUAGAGAUAUCAUAUUAUAUUAUAAUGGACCAAGACGUAACAUCUUAAUAAUGCAAAAAAAGGAGAGCAAUGCAUCAUACAUGUGCAUAUAGAUAUGCUGAAAUAUAAUACAUACACAUAUGCAUGGGCUAAUUCAAAGGUUUGGUUAAUUAGGAAACCCAAUGAACUAAGAUUAACAAGAAAACAGAGCUCAAAUACAGUCCAAUAAUAUACAAAAAUAAAAUGAACCUUCCAAGAAAACAACAAAUAAAAACAAACAACUGGUCAUAUUUUAUGUAUAAAAUAAAACGACCAUACCAUAAUAUUAUAAUAUAUAGUCCACGAUAUUUGCCUGCACGUCCUCGGAUUGAUUAAUAAACCUACAAGAGAGGAGGAAUAAUCAAAUGGAUCAAAAUUUAAAAACCCUUCCGUCUCUUCUUCAGUCAUUCUCCGGUCAGGCGAAAUCGACGGUCGAGAUGCACCGUAGAGCUCAGCGAUCGGACGAGGAAGACGAUGAUACCUACGACGGCGUCACACCGGAUUCUCCCUCUUCCUGCGAAGAUUCCAAGAUCCGUAAAACUUCUUCAAAGAAAAGGAGGAACAUGAAGAAGAGAGUUGUGUCAGUUCCGGUUGCUGACGUGGAAGGAUCUAAGAGCAGAGGCGAAGCAUAUCCACCGUCGGAUUCGUGGGCUUGGAGGAAGUACGGUCAGAAGCCGAUCAAAGGCUCUCCGUACCCCAGGGGAUAUUACAGGUGCAGCAGCUCGAAGGGGUGUCCGGCGAGGAAGCAGGUGGAGAGAAGCCGUGUGGACCCCACAAAGAUCGUCAUAACCUACGCCUCCGACCACAACCACCCCCUCCCCUCCGCCGCUACCAAGCCUCACCACCACCGCAACCACACCGUCGCCAGGAAGGAUGCUGACGUGGACACCGCCGAAGCCGAUGCGACGCCGGGAUUGGAUCUGAGCCACGUGGACGUGCCGACGCUGCUCGGCGGGUGCUACUGCGAGCCCGACGAGUUCGGGUGGUUCUACGACGUGGCGAUCUCCGGAGGUGCUGACGUGGCGAUGGAGGAGGUGGAGGAGGAGUCGUUGUUCAGUGAUCUCGGCGACCUGCCGGAUUGCGCGGCGGUUUUCCGGCGGAGGACGGUGGCGAAGGAGGAGCAGAACCGGAGGUGCGAUUUUGGGUUGUGCGAUUAUUCGUGAAACAGGGUGUAAUUGGGUUCAUUAAAUAUUAUUAUUCAUUAAAUAAUGCUGAAGUGGGCCGGAUAUGGGUAGUUAAUAUUGGGCUAUGAUUAGGCCCAUCUCAAGCCAGUGUAAGAACGGAGGCCACAAGUGACAUAACCGGAGAGAGAGAACCAUACCAAAAGCUAAAUCCUGCUAACCGGAAUCCAGAAACGAAAUCCUGCAUUAAU